UGUUAUCUUUGUUCUCUGAUUGUCAUGAUCAUAAUCACAGCCCUGUAGGCGCCGUCCACCUUGUUAUGGCCCAUCAAUAGUCCUAUCACACACACACACAUACACACACACACACACACACACACACACACACACACACACACACACACACACACACACACACACACGCAAGAGAGAGAGAGUCAUUCCGGAUCUCAUUAACGGCCGGCCUCUAGGCGCGCGCUGUCUCGUUCAUUGAUCCGCGUCUCUUUUUUAAAAACUCCUCUCUCUCCGGUAUUCUCUCUCUCACACACACACCCGGUCCGGCUCGAUCCCAUCCCGCGCUAUGGUAGACGGGUUCAGAAUCAAGAGAGCGCGUUUCUGGGAAGACGUCGCGUGAACCGGUUUGGUUGUUUUUUCUCUCGGUGAUGGACUAGAUUUUGAGAGCGAGCAGAGAGGGAGAAAAGAAAGCUGAAACCGAGAAAACAAGUGUCUAGGCGACUCUACUACAACGACGACGACGACAUGGACUCUUCUCUCCUCUCAGUCUUUGCGCUCCUAAUUGUUUUCGCCUCCUCCUUCUCCUCCUCCUCCUCCGACGUCGUUCCCUCUCCCUCCUUCAUUCUACCGUUUACCGACUGCAUCCAGAGCCGCGGCAGGGACGGGUUCUACCAGGGGGCUGUGGACGUAACGGAGUCCGGUGCGGUGUGUAUGAGGUGGAGCGAGGUAGCGGGGUUUGAGGAGCGCUAUCCGGGCAGAGGGCUGGGGGAUCAUAACCGCUGUCGGAACCCGGACAACAGGAUCAGACCCUGGUGUUUCUUCAGGAACAGCCGCGGCAGAACCGACUGGGGCUACUGCGACUGUAAACAAGGGUCCGUGCGUCUGCAGGGCGGCCGCUCUAAGCUGGAUGGCAGGGUGGAGGUGUAUCUACAGGGGGUCUGGGGGUCUGUCUGUAGUGAUGACUGGGGAGACCAGGACGCUACAGUGGUCUGCAGACAGCUGGGACAGGAUUUCUCUGGGCGAGCGCGCUCCUCUGCCCUAUCUCCUCGAGGGGGUGUGGUCAGAAUGCACUGGGGGGCGGUCCACUGUCAGGGGGAGGAGCCUGAUAUACUGCAGUGUCCCAGUGUUCCAUGGAACGGAGGGGAGUGUCCCCAAGCUGCAGCCGUCACCUGUACCCCACUGGAAGUGGUAGCGGUGGUCCCGGUGAGGUUGGUGGGGGGGGUGUCGGCGUGGGAGGGGCGUGUUGAGGUGUUCCACGGGGGCGUGUGGGGGUCGGUCUGCGACGACCAAUGGGAUGAGAGCGACGUGGAGGUGGUCUGUCGACAGCUGGGCCUGGG